AUGGGAGAGCGGAUUGAAGCUUUGGAGACACAAAUGGGUAACGUAACAACGACGUUGCAUGACCUCGCUCUGCAGAUGCAGCAACAUGCUCAACAGAUGCAGCAACAGAGUGUAAUUCUUACUGAGCUCAGCAAACAGAUCAGUCAGAAGGGAGUGUCGCCAGAGGGCGAAACUUCUGUUGGUGACUCAACUCAGAAUGAGUCUCGCCUCGCCGGAAAGAAGGUCAAACUUUCGGUGUUUGAAGGGGAAGAUCCUGUAGCGUGGAUUACGCGCGCAGAGAUCUAUUUCGACGUGCAGAAUACUCCUGAUGAAAUGCGGGUGAAGCUGUCUCGCCUGAGUAUGGAGGGCUCAACAAUCCAUUGGUUUAACUUGUUACGGGAAACAAAGGAUGAUCUUUCGUGGGAAAUUCUGAAGAGAGCUUUGAUUGCGAGGUAUGGUGGUAGAAGAUUGGAAAAUCCGUUUGAGGAGUUGUCUACCCUCCGUCAGACGGGAACGGUAGAAGAGUUUGUCGAAGCAUUUGAGCUGCUUUCUUCUCAGGUGGGUCGUUUACCGGAGGAGCAGUACUUGGGUUAUUUCAUGAGUGGCUUGAAACAACCGAUUCGGCGGCGGGUGCGAACGUUGAACCCGCAGAAUCGUAUGCAAGUGAUGAGGAUGGCCAAAGAUGUUGAAGAGGAACUGAAGGAAGAAGACGAUGAAGGAGAUCGUUACUAUGGGAAGAAUCGUAUGAGCCGUAGUGAGCCCAAUGGGCUGCUGUCUAAAUCUCGAAAUGGGUCUAACCCGAUCCACAAAGAUUUUACCCGCUCUAAUUCGGGUGGGUACGCUCCAAGUCAGAAAACGGGUUCUACCGGGUCAAAUACAAAUCCCACGUCCUCAAUGAAUUCAACAGGACGAAAAGGGGAAAAUGACCGUCGUACGCUGUCGUCGGAACGGUGGAAGGGAGUUCGCGGCGUUCAGAGUGAUGAAAUAGCUGAACGAAGAGCCAAGGGGUUGUGUUUUAAGUGUGGAGGGAAGUACCAUCCCACGCUCCACAAGUGUCCUGAACGAGCAAUGCGUGUUCUGAUUUUAGGAGAAGGGGAAGAGCUGAACGAGGAAGGGGAAAUUGUUUCUCUUGAAGCCACUGAAACGGAGGGGGAGGGAGAGGGAGAGGAGACAGAGGCGGAAUGCAAUCUGAUUGGAGUGAUGGGUAGCAUGGGGGAGUAUAAUACGAUGAAGAUUUGUGGAAAAAUUGCUAGUAUUGAUGUGAUGGUUUUAAUUGACAGUGGAGCUAGCCAUAAUUUCAUCUCCCCAGAAAUCACUACAGCAUUAGGGUUACUUGUGACCCCUAUGGCAGCUAAGAACAUCAAGCUAGGUGAUGGUCAUAAGGUUCUUUCAAAGGGAAUAUGUGAAGGAGUUCAAAUUGAUUUGGGGCCCCAAGUUUUUCAUGUGGAUGCGUUGGUGUUAGAGCUGGGAGGUUUAGACGUGGUGCUGGGAGUGUCUUGGUUGAGCACUUUGGGGAAAGUGGUGAUGGAUUGGAAGGAUCUAUCAAUGCAGUUUAUGCACGAGGGAAGAAUGGUAAACUUACAAGCUCAGGGCCGUAUACAGGAAAAGCAGAGCUGCUUACACUCCUUUUUAGAGGAUAAGCAUAGAAGGGGAGGUGAAGGUUGGUGGUGGACUCAAUAUCCUUAUCACCAGAAAAAAGAAAUUGGAAAGCAGGUGACGGAGUUGCUAGCUGCAGGAGUUAUUAGGACCAGCAUGAGCACGUUUUCGAGCCCGGUUAUCUUAGUCAAAAAGAAGGAUGGGUCCUGGAGGAUGUGUGUGGACUAUAGAGCCUUAAACAAAGCCACUGUUCCAGAUAAGUAUCCUAUUCCAAUUGUGGACGAGUUAUUGGAUGAAUUGUAUGGAGCAACUAUUUUUUCUAAAAUAGAUUUAAAGGCUGGAUAUCAUCAGAUUCGUGUUCAUAAGGAUGAUAUGCAUAAAACUGCUUUUAGGACUCAUAAUGGACACUAUGAGUACCUUGUAAUGCCUUUUGGGUUGAUGAACGCACUAGCAACAUUUCAGGCUACAAUGAAUGACAUUUUCAGACCCUAUCUUAGAAGUUUUGUAUUGGUGUUUUUUGAUGACAUCCUGGUUUAUAGCAAAUCUGAAACUGAACACUUGGAGCAUUUGAAAUUAGUGUUGUCAGUUCUGGAAUCUCAUUGCUUUGUGGCCAAUGAAGCUAAAUGCAAGUUUGGUUGUAAACAGGUGGACUACCUUGGCCAUGUCAUUUCUGGAGAUGGGGUAGCAGUAGACCCAGACAAAAUUAAAUGUGUAUUAGAAUGGCCUGAGCCUAAAAAUGUGAAAGGAGUGCGUGGUUUUUUAGGGCUCACUGGGUAUUACAGAAAAUUCAUUAAGGAUUAUGGCAAAAUUGCCAAACCUUUAACUGAAUUAACUAAGAAGAACAAUUUUGUGUGGGGAAAAGAAGCUUUAGUUGCUUUCAAGUUACUUAAAUAG